AUGCGAACGGAGCGCGGGUACCUCGCCGUGGCGCACGCGGGUAGGUCGUCGGGCGCCGGCCUGUUGGCGCUCGGGGGCAGCGACGGGAAAGGCGCGCUCGCGUCGUGCGAGGCUUUCGACUACCGAGCCGGCGAGUGGCGCGAGAUCGCGUCGAUGUCGCGGCCGAGGAUCUGGCUCGGCGCGGCGACCGUGGGUGACCACGUGUUCGCCGCGGGAGGGUACGACGGGCAGGAGUACCUCGACCUCGUGGAGGUGUACCGACCGGGUCCGCCGGAGGCUAAGCCCGGGAGCGUCUCCGCGUUAGGUCGGUGGGAGCGGUGCAGGUCGCUAUCGUCCGGGAGGAGCACCCUCGGUCUGGUCGGUUGCCUCGGGACGCUCUACGCCGUCGGAGGGUUCACCGCGCCGCACUACCUCAGCACGUGCGAGGCGUACGAUCCAAACGCGGAUCAGUGGUGGGGGGUGGCGCCGCUGGGUGCACCGCGCAGGGACCUGGGCUUGGCGGCGAUUGAGCACCGGCACAUGCUCGUCGCGGCGGGCGGGUACGACGGGCGCAAGUACCUCGGCGCGGUGGAGGCGAUGGACCCGCGGAUAAACCGGUGGCGGCCGCUGGCCAAUCUGCGCAAGCCGCGGCAGUUGCUGGCGAUGUGCGCCAAGGGUGACCAGGUGUGGGCGAUGGGCGGGUUCGACGGGAAGGAGGGCGUGCGGACUGUCGAGGUUUACGACGCGAGGGCGGAUAAGUGGACGGACGCGGCGCCGAUGUCGACGCCCAGGCUGGGUCUCGGCGCGUGCUGCGCGUGA